AAUAUAUAACUAAUAGGCACUAUUCUCUGAAUUUCUGUCUCUCUCCAUAUUCUAAAGUGGUGUUUUAUCUUUACCGAAAUACUCACCACCACGCUACCAGCGCCCUGCGCGUGGCAUCCAUUACAUCCUUAACCCUCGUGACAUUGCUUUUGCUUUUGCUUUACGUGUUCCUAAAUUUCUGCAAUACCUAUUACAAUAGCGAAUAAAGAUUACUAUAAAAACCCUUAUAAGCCGACCAUCUUCAUGGCUGCCCUCUCAUCAUCUCUCUUCCCUCCCGACCAACCUUUCCGGCGGCACGCGCCUCGUCCAUGUCCCGAACCCAUCAGAUGGCGAAGUCGUCAAGAGCUACAGCAAAGCUAUAAACGAUCCUCGAGACACGACCAAGUCAGCCGGUCUAUCAGGGUUCACAGAUUCCACGGCAGCCGUGUCGUUCGGCAGCGAAGACCUCGCUCUUCGUAUCUAGCAUGGGGGUUCGAUGACGAGGACAACCGCCGCUUGGCGGCCGAUCCUAACGUCAAGCUGCCCUCCGACUUCAGCCGCUUCAAGCCCCGUCUCGAACGCCAGGAAGCUUUCCGAGAACCCAAGACGGCGCAAGGAUUCUAUUCCGACGUGGUGGAGGAUGAUUCCGACUUGUAUAAACUGGGCCUUCUAUACGACGACGAACACACGCGUGGUUCCUACUUCAGCUUGGACGCCAUCGUGCACGAUGAGCCCAUCUAUUCGGUCCGCCCGGCGAAGCGAGCACGGAAGCAGCGCCAGGAGAAGUCUCAUUUCCCUCUGGAUCUCUCGUACGCCUUGAUAAAUCGGGACGUAGAUGUCGGGCCUUUCUUGGCUCCCGAGGUCCACGAAAUUCCCGUUCCCGUCGAAGACAUCUCCGCCCCUCAAGAUAAGCCUAAGCACAUCCCUGCUCCGGCGCAAUCGUACAUGGAUGCAAAACUCCCGGUUAUCCACGAGCUCCCGGAGAGCUCGUCGCCUUCAUUUCGAACGGCGGCCCCGGAGGCCACCGAUUUCCCCGAUUUAAUAUCCGAUUCCGAAGUAGACGCAGAAGAUGAAGAAUUGCAUGGCGACUGGGCGUUAUUAGACGAUGCCGAUAUUCUAAGCAAUGCGGAUGCGGAUGUCAGCGCGGAAGAUAUCGUAGACGCGACCUCCGUCGCCGGCGAAGUCUGGGUGGUGCUGGGGGACGGCUCGUAGCAGGUCCGCACAUGAGAUUCCCGAACGCCCCAGGAUCUCGACCUCGGAUCGCAGCGUCGCUGCGCGGAUUGGCCUUCUAUAUACCCAGCACCAGCCCCCGGGCUCCGGCGUCAUCGAAGGUGGAAAACAGUUGUGUGCUCGUGGUCGAAAAGACUUUGGCUACUCGAGCUCGCUGUUUGCGUUUAAGGUGCAUCAAAUACGUGUGUACACUCUUGUAUCCCCGCAAGAUGUCGUUGCAUCAAUAUGGUUGUUCUUUUUCUACGUUGGGUUUUCUCUGGCAUUGUUCGGCGCAUUGGUAGUAUUAGGUACUGAUAUCCCCUGGUCAAGGUUGGCGUUGAAGCUUUUGAUAUGGCUUUAUGGGUUUCAUAUAUUUAACUAUAUUCUAUCAUAGCCGUACUCUCUACGGUGCGUGCGUGUCAGUCUUCGAGCUAGCGCCGUUUACCGUAGCUUUAUUAAAGCUUAUUAGUCUCAUAA